CGCAAGGCGGGAGCACCAACAUUUCGAAAAGUCGCGUAAAAAGCUGGAAAUUCAAAAAAAAACUGAAAAAUCUGACUGAAAACAAAAAGUCUUUUUUUGAAGGAAAAAUAUUACUGCAUCAUGUACGGAAUGUUAUUGGAGAGUGUACAACAUUUCGUUCAAAGAGAAUACGGUGAGGAUGUGUGGAAAAGAGCUCUACAAAUUGCCGAAUGCAAAAUUUCAGUUUUCAACACGCACCAGGUAUAUCCUGACUAUAUAAUGAGCAACAUCGCCUCAGCACUGGCCAAAAUCACCUCCAAGUCGUAUGACAGCUUUAUGACGUUCUUUGGCAGAUGCUUUGUACGAUUUUUCAGCAAUUACGGCUAUGAUGCCACUAUAAAAGCUACAGGAAGGAAUUUUACGGAUUUUCUGGAAAGCGUAGACAACAUACAUUCCCAAUUCAGACUGUCCUAUCCUAAGAUGAAGAGUCCCUCAAUAUACCUUACCAAAGUUGACCAAAAUGGAUGUGUCCUCGUAUACAGGAGCAAACGAUGUGGCUUUACACAUUACCUUAUGGGUCAGUUGGAGCAAAUCGCCAGAGAAAUCUACGACCUUCGCCUCAAGACCGACAUUUUGACCUCUGAAAAAAGCCAGAUCGACGGGAAGACCAUUGUAAUUGUAACUUUGAGGCUGAAUUUCGACAACACCCAGUAUAUAAUAGCAAAACGAAUGAAAGAAGAAGCUCAUUUAAAAACAAUCAGCAAACUACCGUCAUUCAAUUGCGACCUACUGCUUCAACUAUUCCCAUUCGGAAUCAUUUUUAAUCCAAGCAUGUCAAUAAUGGGUUGUGGAGAAAAACUGACUCAGGUGGCAGGUGGUGCGGGAAAGCUUUUGGGAAAAUCGGUUACAGAUUAUUUUCAUCUUCGGAGGCCCAAAGGGAUCAAUUUUACAUGGAAAAACUGUUUCUAUCUGAAAUCCGUUAUGUUCGAAAUCGAGGUUUUGAGGGCAGACAUCAUACAAGACCAGGAAGAGAAAAAAAGUUUACUGGAAAUGAUCAACCCGAACGACUCCAUCGAAAUCAACGGAAGAAGCAUAUCUCCUUUCGCUCUAAGGAGAGAUAGCCAACCAGCGGGCCUUAAAAAUAUCCUCCUCAAGGGACAGAUGUAUUAUUUGAGUGACAUCAUUGCGAUUAUGUAUCUCUGUUGUCCUGUAGUGAACGACAUGGGAGAAUUGCCAGACCAGGGACUGUACCUAAACGACCUAAAUCCACACGGCUUGGGAAAGGAAAUGGUUUUGUUGAAAGCCGGAUGGCAGAAUGAUUCAAAGUUGGAACUUAUGUUCGACAAAGUUGAACAUAGAGCCAGUGAAUUGGAGAACAAUCUCAGCCUACUUGAAAUAUGGAAACAAAGAGGGGACGAUUUGCUCUAUUCCAUGAUACCUAAAGCAGUAGCUGACCGUCUUAGAGCAGGGGACAGUCCACUCAGCACUUGUCAGUCAUUUGAAAAUGUCACUGUGAUGUUCUGUGAAUUGGUGGGAUUCAAUUCGUCAACGGUAGAAGAUGCUAUGGAGCUGGUUAGUACCAUGAAUGCUGUCUAUUCAUGUUUUGAUUCACUCAUGGACACAUUCAACGUAUAUAAGGUCGAAACAGUGGGUCAAAUAUACAUGGCAGUGUGUGGAGCACCUGAACCGACAACACAGCAUGCUGAAAAUGUCUGUGACGUGUCACUGUGUAUGAUACGUCACGUAAAACAACUUCAAAUACCUUCCGGGACUAAAGUAGAUGUCAGGAUAGGUGUCCAUUCUGGACUUGUAGUAGCUGGCGUGGUGGGUAUCAAAGUACCCAGGUACUGCUUCUUUGGAGACACAGUUAAUACGGCAUCCAGGAUGCAGUCAACAAGUGCAGAUGGUAUGGUUCAUAUAUCACAGUCAACAAAAGAGUUUCUCCCAAAGGAUAAAUAUAUCAUCAGAACCAGAGGUUUAGUCAAACUGAAGGGUAAAGGAAGUUUGGAAACCUACUGGAUAUUCGAAGACGACCUAACUGAUGCCAUAAUGUACGGGAUGCUUUUGGAGUCUAUUCAACAUUAUGUACAGAUGGAAUACGGUGACGAAACUUGGAAAACCAUCCUUAAAAAAGCCAAUUGCAAGCAUUCAGUUUUCAACACACAUCAAAUCUAUCCAGAUACUCUAGCCCUAGAGCUUGGCCAUGCUUGUUCCGAAGUCCUUGGUGGAGAUUACGAAGAUUUCAUCAACUUUUUCGGAAAAUGUUUCAUCAGAUUCGCUGCAAAGUUUGGUUACGAUGCCACCAUAAGAGCUACCGGUCGAUUUUUUACCGAAUUCUUGGAAAGUGUUGAUAACAUUCAUCAUCAAUUCAGUUUCACCUAUCCCAAAAUGAAGAGUCCCUCAAUGUACUUGACUAAUAUUGAUGAAAAUGGAUGUGUUUUGGUUUACAGGAGCAGUCGUGUAGGAUACACACACUAUAUUAUGGGAGCUUUGGAACAGUGUGCCAAGGAUUUCUUCAAACUGCAACUGAACAUCAAAGUGCUGGAAGAAGCCAGUUCGGCUACAGGGUCGAGAAAAAAUGUCCUGGUUCAUUUUCGGCUGGAUUUUAAGAACAAACAAUACAUGUUACACAAACAGUCAGCCAAGGAAAACGUAUCCAGAUUCGCAAAACUAUCUCCAUUUUCCUGCGAUCUGCUAAUGUCACUGUUCCCUUUCGCUGUCCUGCUUGACAGGAGCCUAAACAUCAUAGCUGUGGGCGAAAAUUACGGGAUGAUAUGGAACCCGGAUAAUCCUUGUAUUAAUAAACCCGUAGCAAGAUAUUUUAGACUAAGAAGACCAAAAGGUAUAUCGCUGACUUGGAAAAAUUUAAUGAAUUUGCAAGCUGUGGUUUUUGAGUGGGAAUGUAACAGAGGUUUCGAGACGUAUGACGAAAAUGCCACUCACGAUGAACUAGACAUCACAAACCCUAGCUACAAAAACUUCCUGCUACUCAAAGGACAAAUGAAAUACAUCGAAGACAUUAAUGGCAUGAUUUUCUUAUGCAGUCCUAUCAUUAACGACAUAGGAGAACUAAAUCUACAAUCUCUAUACUUAAACGACCUAAAUUCACAUGGUUUGAGCAGAGAAAUGGUCCUAGCAGGAUGGCAACACAAUUCAAAACUCCAAAUCAUGUUUGACAAAGCCGAACAGAACACUGAAGAGCUAGAAUCAAGCCACGACCUUCUAGAUCAAUGGAAGAAGCGUACAGACGAUUUAUUAUAUUCUAUGAUCCCUAAAGCUAUAGCUGACAGGCUUAGAGCUGGAACAUCAGCUUUGGAUACCUGUGAAUCCUUCAGUUCGGUGAGUAUUCUGUUCUGUGAGUUGGUCGGUCUUCAGUCAAGCACUGUAAAGGAAACUAUGGAUGUCGUGACAACAAUGAACAAUGUGUUCUCUGCUUUCGAUCAAUUAAUGGAUAAAUUCAACGUAUAUAAGGUUGAAACAGUGGGUCAAGUAUACAUGGCAGCCGCUGGUGCCCCCGAAAGAACCGACAAUCAUGCCGAAGUAAUGGCAGAAGUGGCAUUAAGCAUGCUGAAAGUUGCUAAAAACAUCAAGGUGCCCAUUGGACAGGAAUUCAAUGUUAAGAUGGGUACAAAUAUGCCUAAAAACCUACCUAAAACUUAAUAAAAUGUAUUUUUAGGUAUGCAAUCCGGGCCUGCAGUAGCUGGGGUAGUUGGUAUCAAAGUACCCAGGUACUGCUUCUUUGGAGACACUGUAAAUACAGCCUCAAGAAUGCAGUCUAGUAGUGAGCCAGGAAAAAUACAAAUAUCUCCUGAAGUUAAAAAACUCAUACCAGAAGGGAAAUUCAAGAUAAUACCGAGGGGAACAGUGAAAAUCAAAGGAAAAGGUCAAAUGUUUACGUACUGGUUACAAGAAAACUAAAAAAUAUCAGUUAAAGUACUGUUUACCCUCCGAUAGAGAAAUAAAUUAAAUUUAUUUAACUACAAAGCAUGCGGUGUUUUAGUCAAUAUUAUUGUUGAUAUUAAAUCUCAAAAAUAUAAAAACACUUACCUAGGA